AUGGUACGAGAGCAAGAGGAGAUGCAACUUCUUGGUUUCUUUGGCAUCAUCAAGGAAUCCACCAAGAUCAUCUUCACAUGGAGGAAGAUCUUCAGCCAAAUCACGCUUGCCCUCGUCCUCCCUCUUUCCUUCAUCAUCUUAGCAUACAGCCAGAUUUCUGACUUCCUCGUGGAAAAGAUCCAGCACGACCAGCAUGCACUCAACCACGUCAAAGCCAACAAUCCCAAAUACAAUCAGCUCGCCAACCUUGUGACCUCAGACAUAAUUGAGCUCUGUCUCUCUACGGUUGUCUACUACGUCCUUGUUCUAAUCUUUUCUGUUCUUUCCACGUCCACAGUCGUGUACACUAUUGCGUGCGUGUACACCUCAAGAUCCAUCAGUUUUGGGAGAGUGAUGAGCGUCAUCCCAAAGGUGUGGAAGAGGCUCAUGAUCACAUACUUGUGGAGUUUUCUCGCUGUCUUCAUCUACAUCGUCUCCAUCAUCGUGACUAUCCUAAUCUGCUAUCUCUUGUUUGAUCUUAGCCACUCUCCUGCAAUUGGUGUAACCCUUGGUUUCGUCCUCCUCAUCUUAUUCCUCUUUGGGUUUGUGUAUAUCAGUGUCAUUUUGGACUUGGCAGGUGUGAUUUCAGUGCUAGAGGACAUCUGCGGUGUUCAGGCCAUGUUCAAGAGCAAGAACCUGAUCAAGGGGAAAACGGGGAUUUCAAUAGCUAUCAACCUCUUGCUAGCGAUUGGGUCCAUGGCAACCCAUACAAUGUUCCGCAUCUCUAUGGCCAAUGGAUAUGGAUCAGGGUUUUUAAGGUCCGGGGUUGCAGUUCUUUGUUUCUUGUUUCUCCUCCAGUUGAGCCUCUUCGGUCUUGUCGCGCAAAGCGUCAUCUACUUCGUGUGCAAGUCGUACCACCACGAGAACAUCAACAAGUUGGCGCUGCUUUUGGCCGAGUACGUUCCUCUUCAAGCCGACGAUGUAAAACUAGAAAAAGUCGACGUAUAA